CUUUGCCUCAACCUGCAGCUUGAACCGCAACCACCAACUCCUUACAUCUAACUGAACAAUGGCCGACCAAUUGUCUGAAGAGCAGAUUUCUGAGUUCAAGGAGGCGUUCUCCCUCUUCGACAAAGAUGGCGAUGGCACCAUCACCACCAAGGAACUCGGCACCGUCAUGCGCUCCCUCGGGCAGAACCCAACCGAGGCUGAGCUGCAGGACAUGAUCAACGAGGUCGACGCGGACGGCAACGGCACGAUCGACUUCCCGGAAUUCCUGACGAUGAUGGCGCGGAAGAUGCGCGACACCGACAGCGAGGAGGAGAUCAAGGAGGCCUUCAAGGUCUUCGAUAAGGAUGGAAAUGGUUACAUCUCAGCUGCUGAGCUGAGGCAUGUCAUGACGAACCUUGGGGAGAAGCUCUCCGACACGGAGGUCGAUGAGAUGAUCAGGGAAGCCGAUGUUGACGGCGAUGGUCAGAUCAACUACGAGGAGUUCGUCAAGAUGAUGCUCUCCAAGUAAUCGUCCUUCUUGCUUCGUUAUACGUAUGGAAAGAGAGAACAGCGCUGUGUAAAUCAUACCGUAGUAUAUUAUUACCCGAAUUCCGGUA